AAGCAAUCAAGGCAGUGCAGGAGGUGAGACCAUCUUAUAGGAAGAGCAGUUGUCCAGCCUCUGAAAGAAAAGGCUCAGUGGAGACCUGAGAGCCUUCCUGGGGGAUAUUAACAGGGCUCCUGUGUUGCAGAGGAACAGUACUUUCUCAGUGUAACUGAGAAACAGAACCAGAAAAAGGAUUUCUCUUCAGUAGAAAAGGCAAAUGCCAUAAAGAGGGAAUUGCAUAAGUUAUUGCUUGAUAAAUCCUGAUGAUUCUCUCAGGGACCUCUAGUAGAUGAGCUCGACACUCAAGAACCAUAGCAGCUUCAAGUGACCACAGACAGCAGCUGUUUGCUAUAGUUGACAAGGAGUAGGAAUAGAGGGAAAAGAUAGAAAAAAGAAAAGAGAUUUUGUUUCCUCUCAGAAAACUAAUGGUCCAAGUGAAAACACAAACACAAGAAUGGAUACUAAUGAUGACCCUGAUGAAGACCAUCUUACAAGUUAUGAUAUUCAGCUAAGUAUUCAAGAAUCCAUUGAAGCCAGCAAGACUGCGCUUUAUCCUGAAAGAUUUGUACCCCUAAGUGGUCAAAACAGAAAACUUGUGGAGGCCAUAAAACAAGGUCACAUUCUUGAGCUCCAGGAGUAUGUAAAAUAUAAAUAUGCAAUGGAUGAAGCUGAUGAAAAAGGAUGGUUUCCAUUACAUGAAGCUGUUGUUCAACCCAUUCAACAAAUACUUGAGAUUGUUCUGGAUGCAUCCUAUAAGACACUCUGGGAGUUCAAGACCUGUGAUGGAGAAACACCCUUGACUUUGGCAGUCAAAGCUGGUCUGGUGAAAAAUGUAAGAACUUUGUUAGAAAAGGGAGUGUGGCCCAACACAAAAAAUGAUAAAGGAGAGACCCCCCUUCUGAUUGCUGUCAAAAAGGGCUCCUAUGACAUGGUAUCAACUCUGAUCAAACACAACACCAGUCUGGACCAGCCCUGUGUCAAGCGAUGGUCAGCAAUGCAUGAAGCAGCCAAGCAAGGCCGAAAAGAUAUCAUAUCUCUACUGCUAAAACACGGAGGCAAUGUCCACCUGAGAGAUGGAUUUGGAGUCACACCAUUAGGCGUUGCUGCCGAAUAUGGUCACUGUGAUGUGUUAGAACAUCUGAUCCACAAAGGUGGUGAUGUGCUUGCUUUGGCGGAUGAUGGGGCGUCGGUGAUGUUUGAGGCAGCAGGAGGUGGCAAUCCCGACUGCAUUUCCCUCCUGCUGGAAUAUGGAGGAAGCGGAAAUGUACCUAAUCGAGCAGGGCAUCUUCCUAUACACCGAGCUGCCUAUGAGGGGCAUUAUCUUGCACUGAAAUAUCUUAUCCCAGCAACAUCUAAAAAUGCAAUUCGGAAAAGUGGGCUAACACCAAUUCACUCAGCAGCAGAUGGACAAAGUGCACAGUGUCUAGAGCUGCUCAUUGAAAAUGGUUUUGAUGUCAACACUCUACUUGCUGACCACAUUUCCCAGAGCUAUGACGAUGAGAGGAAGACUGCGCUGUAUUUUGCCGUUUCUAAUAAUGAUGUUCGUUGCACAGAAGUCCUUCUGGCUGCAGGUGCAGACCCAAACUUAGAUCCCCUCAACUGUCUACUUGUGGCAGUGAGGGCCAAUAAUUAUGAAAUUGUCCGGCUGCUUCUCUCCCAUGGCGCCAAUGUCAAUUGUUAUUUUAUGCAUGUGAAUGACACUCGUUUCCCCAGUGUCAUUCAGUAUGCCCUAAACGACGAAGUAAUGCUGAGGCUAUUGCUGAAUAAUGGCUAUCAAGUGGAGAUGUGCUUUGACUGCAUGCAUGGUGACAUCUUUGGAAAUUCAUUUGUGUGGUCAGAGACAGAGGAAGAGGUGCUGCCAGGAUGGACAUCUUGUGUAAUAAAAGAUAACCCGUUCUGUGAGUUUAUUACAGUUCCUUGGAUGAAGCACUUGGUAGGCAGAGUUACUCGCAUACUAAUAGAUUACAUGGAUUAUGUUCCUCUGUGUGCUAAACUGAAGUCUGCACUAGAAGUACAGAGAGAAUGGCCAGAAAUCCGCCAAAUACUAGAGAAUCCUUGUUCAUUGAAGCAUUUGUGUCGGUUAAAAAUUCGAAGACUUAUGGGUCUCCAGAAACUCUGCCAGCCAGCCUCAAUGGAGAAGCUUCCUCUACCACCAGCUAUUCAAAGAUACAUAUUAUUUAAAGAGUAUGAUCUCUAUGGACAAGAGCUAAAAUUGCCAUAACUUAAUAUUUUAAAAUGUGAUUUUAAAAAAUAUUUUGAAAUGUGAUUCCCUCAGAUAAUUUCUUGUAACUAUUUUACAUCCUUAAUCCUUAAUUGUAAAGUGUAUCUAAAUGCAUUGACAGUUUUAUAGUUGUAUCAUGUGUUCUUACGGGAACACCAUGAUUUAUGUCUUUAAAGACAUUAGCAUUUUUUAAAGAUAGUAUUUUGAACUUAGAUUUGUAUCUUUGUUUGCUACAAGUCAUCAAACUCUCUCUAUCAAGUGGCUCCCACAAUAUCCACAUCAAGUCUCUAUGUUUAAAAAACAGAUAACCACUUUCUCAAACCCACAUCUGCCAGUUGCUGGUCGGAUUCUCCUGUCUCUCAAGGUCUUGCUGUGUAAAAGAGCUCCUCCUGCCUGUAAGUUCACAGACUGUGAUCUGGCAUCUACCCCUCUACUGCUUUUCUCAAGGUCCCUGACAAUCUCUUUGUUGCUAAAUUCAGUGAACAUUCUUCAGUCCCUCUUCCAAUUGAUUCCUACAGCAUUCAACAUUGUUGCUUGUUCCUUGCUUGAAAUGAUACCUCUUUCUUUGUUUCUUGCAAAACCUGUUCUUUUGGGUGUCCUCCCACCUCCCUGGACACUCUGUCUCUGGCUUCUUUCUGCCUAGCUCAUCUCUAGCCAAUCUUAUAGUUGUAUAUCUUAAGCCCUCUUCUCUUUGUUCUUUAAGUUAUAUAUCCUAAGCCCUCUUUGCUUUGUUCUCUGGGAAAUUUUAUUCACAUCCAUGGUCUUAAUCAUUUUGCUAGAGACUACAAAAUUUCUAUCCGAAGCUCAACUCUUUCUCUCAUGUUCUCCCGACCUAUGUAGACAAUUGACCUAGUGAACAUUUGAACACAGAGACACCUCAAAUUCAACAUGUCCCCA